AUGUCCUCAUUAGGGACACUGGCUUUUGAUGAGUAUGGGAGGCCCUUCAUCAUCAUCAAAGACCAGGACAAGAAGACACGGUUAAGUGGCAUUGACGCAUUGAAGUCUCAUAUUAUGGCUGCCAAGGCUGUGGCUUCAACACUUAAAACAUCUCUGGGGCCAAAUGGUCUCGACAAGAUGAUGGUUGACAGGGAUGGGGAGGUAACUGUCACAAAUGAUGGUGCCACCAUUCUUGGCAUGAUGGAUUUAGAUCAUCAGGUCGCCAAGCUCAUGGUGGAGUUGUCCAAGUCUCAAGAUGAUGAGAUUGGUGAUGGAACAACUGGAGUUGUUGUGCUAGCUGGAGCUCUGCUUGAGCAGGCUGAGCAGCUUCUCGAUCGUGGAAUCCAUCCCAUCAGGAUCUCCGAUGGUUAUGACCAGGCUGCACACCAUGCCAUUGAACAGCUGGACAAAAUUGGCGAAACCUUCCCCUUUGAUCCCAAGAACACAGAACCACUCAUUCAGACGGCCAUGACAACACUUGGAUCCAAAGUUAUCAACCGGUGCCACAGGCAGAUGGCAGAGAUUGCAGUGAAUGCCAUCCUCACUGUGGCUGACAUGGAAAGAAAGGAUGUAGACUUUGAGCUCAUCAAAAUGGAGGGCAAAGUGGGAGGAAAGCUGGAGGAUACGCAGCUCAUCAAAGGGGUGAUAGUUGACAAGGAGUUCAGCCACCCUCAGAUGCCCAAGCUUCUGAAAGAUGUCAAACUUGCUAUCCUGACCUGCCCAUUUGAGCCCCCCAAACCCAAGACCAAGCACAAGUUGGACGUGACCUCCGUGGAGGACUACAAAGCCCUCCAGAAAUAUGAAAAGGAAAAAUUUGAGGAGAUGAUUCAUCAGGUAAAAAGCAAUGGAGCAACCUUGGCCAUCUGUCAGUGGGGCUUUGAUGAUGAGGCAAACCACCUUCUUUUGCAAAAUGAUCUGCCUGCUGUGCGCUGGGUUGGAGGGCCUGAGAUCGAGUUGAUAGCGAUAGCGACAGGAGGCCGCAUCGUACCGAGGUUCUGUGAGUUGACACCAGAGAAGCUCGGUACAGCCGGCCUGGUCAAGGAGAUCUCCUUCGGAACCACCAAGGAUCACAUGUUGGUCAUCCAAGAGUGCAAAAACACCAGAGCCGUUACCAUUUUCAUCCGCGGAGGCAACAAGAUGAUCAUCGAGGAGGCCAAGCGCGCCCUCCACGACGCUCUGUGCGUGAUCCGUAAUUUGGUCAAAGACAACCGCGUGGUGUACGGCGGUGGGGCCUCAGAGAUCGCGUGCGCCCUGGCAGUAAACCAGGCCGCCGACAAGUGCCCAUCACUGGAGCAGUAUGCCAUGAGGGCAUUUGCAGAUGCCCUUGAGGUCAUUCCGAUGGCUUUGGCUGAAAACAGCGGGCUGAACCCCAUCCAGACUAUGGCGGAGAUCAGAGCCAGACAGGUCAAAGAGAACAACCCCUUCCUGGGCAUUGACUGUCUACACAACAACACAAAUGACAUGAAGCAGCAACAUGUGAUCGAGACCCUAAUUGGCAAGAAGCAACAGAUCCAGCUGGCUACUCAGGUGGUCAAAAUGAUCCUGAAAAUCGAUGACAUCCGAAACCCGGGAGAGAGUGAGGACUGA